AUGUCGCUCGCAGAAUCGCGUCCGCGAAGAGCAUCGACUCGCAUGAAGGCGGAGCUGGCGGAGACCCCGGCGAAGAGGAAGCAUCCUACUCCGACCAAGGAGACUCCCAAGCAGAGGCCAAAGGAGCAAAAGAAGCAAAAGGUUAUCACAACGCCGCGGACGGAUGACGUUCCAACAACACCGCGAGAGACCUUGCCGUCGAAGAUUGCAGAUGGGAAGCCGCUUCCCACGCUACAGGAGCCGCAACGGUUGGAUAUGCCAAUCAAGGACUAUCAAACAAUCGCCGAAAGCGGCGUCUUGCAGGCUGCGUUGGACCGAUCGCGCAAGAAGUGGAUGACGGACGCAUUCGGGCUGUACUGGACACAGCCUCCUGCCAGUAACACCAAGCCUAGUCAGCGGACUGACAAAGAGAAGGAACAGCUGAAGAAAGCCAAGAAGGAUGCGAAGGAGCAGGCGAAGAGGCUUCUGAGGAUCGGCGCAUGCCAGCUCACGAUCGAACCGCACAUCUUCGACGUUACACUCUACACUAUAAGAGAUGAUCCUCCGCCUCUCCCACGCCUACCCACUGGCGCGCAGCGACCUGUGCUGCACUAUGCCCCGCCAGCUUACCGGACCCAAACUCCACAGUACUCUACACCAUAUCAAUAUAAUGCGCCCUUCCAGCCGCCAAAUGACUCGUUGACCUUACCUCCCAUCCGUCCACCAACUCCUCAGCAGCAAGCACCUACAGUUACCCAUCAUGCGCCACCGCCAGCCAAUGGAGGUCCUGAGAGCAGCAGUCGUUCCCAGACUACGUCUUCCACACCUGCUCAGGGCCCAGCACCAGACCCGGUCAUCCAUGCACUGGCGCAGCGUGCCAGCACCGACAAUCAACUCAAACAAGUCAUGCAGAUCGUGGCGCAAGGUAGAGCUACAGAGGCUCAGUUGCAGUACUUCCAAAGUCACAUUAAUCAGCUGACGGUGCAACUGGAGGCGCGCAAGAACGACAAAGCGCCAUCCACUGCACCAUCCACCGCACCUCAAAUCAAGCCCGAGGUCGGCGCAUCGCCAUCACCUGCUCCAUUUCCGCCAACUCAGCCCAGUCCUGCGUUCAAGAAUGGCCCUCAAGCGCCGCCUCCGGACCCCACAAAUACGCAAACACCAACACACCCUUACAGGCAACAAGCGCCGAAUCCCCAACCACCCGGCUCCUUCCCUCCCGUCCAGAAGGCUCCUCCCCCUCCGCCACGAAAGCAAGAUGCCAAGCCCGUGCUCAUCGAGUUCACUUCAAACGGCGACAAAUUUCUCUUUCCGAAACACUCCAUCAUCGAGUUCCUUCCCGGCAGCAAAAGCAUGCUCGCCUCCUUCCUCCUCAUCCACCGGCACAGCAAGAACGGCAGUGGCAGUAAACCGUCUUCUACACCCAGCACCCCCGCCUCGGCCUUCUCCCCGUCUCCGGCACCCCAGGGCCCGAGCAGAGAGGAGCUUACAGCGGCGGAUUCCUGGCAGCCGGUCACGGCGAGCUUGUAUGCGGAGGAUCCAGGGGUGUUGCAGUGGGUUGCGAGGGCGGUGCUGCCGGUGGAGGAGGUGGUGGAAUGGAUGGAGGAUGUGAUGGACAGAGCCACGGCAGCGGGGGAGGGGUAUCUGGCGUUGAGGUUGCCGAGGGGAAGGGGUGGAGAUGCAAGUCAGGAUGUAGAGAUGGGGGAUACUUGA